CCUUUGUAACAACAAAAAAGCAUAAUUAGUGUAGAUUCAGCCAAUUUGAUCAUUAUAAGUAUAUUUGCUACAUUCUCAAGUGUUUUUUGUUGCUAUUAGAACUUGUAAUGCGUUAAGGGUAUGGCAAUGCACCAUCUAGUCUUUGAGGGACUACAUUGGGGUGAAAUAAGAUGCUUGAAUGAGAUUUUACUCGAGGAAACAACUGCUGAUAUUUAUUGGACCACAUCAUGACACAGGCAGCAUACCUAUGAAUCUGACGGGGCUUACUCUUGGUGGAAUGUGUGACCAGUGUUCUUGUAUUAGGCUGUGGACACUACAAUUCUCUUGGUGACGGAAACAAUUCGAUUAAGAUUUCAAAAUGAUGACGCACCUUCGACCUGUAUUCAGUAUUGUGGUCAGAUUUUUUGCACCUUGAACAUUUUAAAUGUCAGGUGUAUUGCACUUUGCAACAUUAGUGUCUUCUUGCUUUGAAGGCUACAGUACUAGCCCCGGCUAUGAUUUCUUCUUUCCUGGUCUUUGAGGGACAACAUUGGGGUGCUUCACAGCAAUUUAGCAUAAAUUAAAUCAUGAAUCAAAUUAGCAAAAACAAAAUGUGUUUUUUCAAGCAAGAGCCCUGUAUAAAUUGUUGUGAGCUGUUUAUGGUAAACACUGGCACAUAUGGGACUGUGAGUAAGUGUGGUAUUGAACUGGUGUGUUCCACCUGUAUAUUCUUUCAUCUGGUUAAUUCUCCGUGCAGGAGAGAGUGUUUGGUUGGAAUGUAAUGAGGUGAAUCUCCCUUUCCCAAUAGGUUGCCAUUAAACAUCAGGGUGCUUUCCAUUCAAACAAGAUUUAAAUGCCAACUACACUAUAAAGCCUAUGACAAAUAUAAGGGAUUUUUUUAGAAGCUGUUUUUGUAAUUAAUUAUUAAUCAAUUCUACUUGCUGCUACUGAUUGUGUUACAAGAGAUAAUAAUGCAUCUGAUUAUAGCAAAAUACCGCUUGUUAGAAUAAUAGAUUUCACAAAUGUUUUUUGUUUUUGUUGUAAUUUGUACUAUGCUGAAGGAUUUUAUGUUUGUAGUUAAAGGUAUAUUAUAGAAACAAUCAAAUAAUCAAGGACUCCCCCCGCCCCCAUCCCCCUGCCCUUCUCUUCAUUUGUCAUGCUUGAUCGCAACUAACGUGGGAGACUAUAAGCCAACAAAUGCCUGGCAACUGUAACCAAGUGACAAUUUCAGAAGCUAUGGUCAUUGGCCACUGUGUUUAUUGGGGGCAGAAGGACCAAGUCAAUUUUUGAAUGGCAAAUUCUUCUGCAUAGGCUGGGAGGAGGGACAGAAAAAGGGAGGGAGGAAGGCGGGGAGGAGGGAUGGGUAGAGUGGGGGCCUCAGGUGCAGCCAAGUAAUACAGAGAAAACAAGAGAGUCAGAGAGAGAGAGAGAGAGAGAGAGGAGAGAGAGAUCCAGCGACAACGACAGCAUCCUUUACACUGCAUUAGAGGCUCCUCUGCUACAGUAUGCCUUCUGCAGUGUAGAGGUAACCUUGGAAAGGAUUUCUCUCUCCUCCACAACAACAAAACAAAUAAAAAGAAAGUCCUACGUCAAGUAAAAAAAAAAAAAAAAAACUGGAAGCUGUAUAUGUUUUUAUGUGAAAACGGCUGCUUGGAGAAUCGCUCUGAAAGGGCUUAACCUCUCUUUCGGGUGCAAUUUUUAUUUUGUGGAGAACUGACAGUGGGAGAUGGAGAUUUCUUCUAAGAUUUUUGAACAAGCAUUGCCUAAAUUCAGGACUGUAUCCCCCAAGUGCAAUUGGAGAAGAAAUAAAACUGGUUGGAAUUAACACCUUGUUUGCUGUAAGUAGGAGGAAUGUUCUAUUGUCUUGUUUAGCCCACAGUAAAAGCAGUGUUAAAAGUUCAACAGGGAGAGAGCAGGACAAGUUUUUAAUAAUACUGCUGGAAAUUUGAAACUGGAGAACAGCCGUCAGAAUGAAAGGUCUCUCUCUGUUUAACUAAAACAUGAGUUUUUCUGUUCUUAACCAGCUGGAAACCAGUACGGAAAUGACAAGGACUUCACAUCUAUGAACCCAAUAGGGCUUAAUCUUGGAGGAGUGUUUUUGUAUCACACUGUGGGCUACAUUUAAAAAAAAUGGAAAUAAGUAAUUUUUUUGGUGACAGAAGCCAUUGGAUUAAGAAGAUUUCAGAAUGACAGCACACAUCCCCGUAUAUUGAUUUUGGUCAACUUCUUUGCAUCUUGUACAGUGGAUUUUAAAUGUGAGGUGCGUUGCACUUUUCAACAUUAGUGUCUUAUUGAUUUGAAUGCUGCCAGCCUGUGUUGACUUCUUGAACGCUGUUUUAAAUAACAUUGUGAAGCAACUAGCAUAACUUUGAAUUGAAAAUCUAUGUUGCAUUUUAUUGCAGUUAAAAUUGACACUAUACUCUUUGUGUGGCUUACAUUAGAAUCACCCUGGAUGUCAUAUAAAUUAAUUUUUUGGAACCGGAUUUAUUUAAGCUGUGGUAUUUUAUUGUGUCACUUGUAAAUGUGACUCUUGUGAAUGGUAUAUUUUAAGUGCUGAAAAAGCCCAUAUCCAUGUCCUUUUUUCAUGUCACCUCUCUUGGGAUCUUUCGUUCUACACCUUGCCUUUGAUUCUUUAUCCUUUUUACUGUGAAGGUAGGUUGAACUAUCCCCAGAGAAAGACAAUGCUUCCAGCAUAUCAGAUCUGAUAGUAGCUGCCAGAAGAAACUGUUCAGAGAAUUGAGUAUUUUCUAUAAUGUCUUUGGUUAAAAAACCUAAUUCAGGAUGGAUAGAGUGUUGAGGAUUGUGCACUGGAAGGAGCUAGUCAUCAUUCCUUCUCCUUGCAUUCUUUUUUUUCAAAAGCUUAGGUGCAUAAAUACAGCCCUGCUGCUGUGAAUGGAAUGAGCAGUCCACUGAAACGCCAGUAUCUUAGAUAGAAGCAGCAGCUGUUGCAUAGUGGCUAGCAGACAUUGGAGAGUGGAGAACAGAUGUCCUGUUAAUUUAUUUUGCCUCUGUAGCACUGGCUAUCCUCUGGCCCUCCACCCCCCUCCGUCUCAAGCCAUGAACCAAUCCACACUUGAAUGGAAGACUCUGACAAUGAACACCAGCUCCAUCAAUGCAUCCGUGUAUCACUCUUGUCCACUGGGCUUUGUCCACUACAUGGAAGAGGCUUGUGUCCUGGAGACAGUGGUCAUCGUCCUCCUGACCGUUCUGAUCAUCAUUGGGAACCUGACCGUGAUUUUUGUGUUUCACUGUGCUCCCUUGCUUCACCACUACACCACCAGCUACUUCAUCCAAACCAUGGCAUAUGCAGACCUCUUUGUGGGCGUCAGUUGUCUGGUCCCCACACUUUCCCUUUUACACUACCGAACGGGAGUCCAGGAGUGGUUGACCUGCCAGCUUUUUGGCUAUAUCAUCUCUGUGCUCAAAAGUGUCUCCAUGGCCUGCCUUGCCUGCAUAAGUGUGGACCGGUACCUGGCCAUUACCAAGCCGCUGUCCUACAACCAGCUGGUCACUCCUUGCAGGCUCCGUAUCUGUAUUGUUCUCAUCUGGAUCUACUCCUGCCUCAUUUUCCUGCCCUCCUUCUUUGGUUGGGGGAAGCCGGGCUACCACGGGGACAUCUUUGAGUGGUGUGCCCGCUCCUGGCCCACAAACGUCUACUUCACAGGCUUCAUUGUGUGCCUCCUGUAUGCACCAGCCGCCUUUGUGGUCUGCUUCACCUACUUCCACAUCUUCAAGAUCUGCAGGCAGCACAACAAGGAGAUCAGUGAACGGCGUGCCCGUUUCCCCAGCCAGGAGAUGGACACGGGAGAAGGUGGCCACAGCAGCCCCGAUCGCCGCUAUGCUAUGGUCCUCUUCCGCAUCACAAGUGUCUUCUACAUGCUCUGGUUGCCCUACAUUAUCUACUUCCUGCUAGAGAGCUCCCAAGUGCUGGACAAUCCUGCCCUGUCCUUUGUCACCACCUGGCUGGCCAUCAGCAACAGCUUCUGCAACUGUGUCAUUUACAGCCUGUCCAACAGUGUCUUCAGGCUAGGCUUGCGCAGGCUCUCCGAAACCAUCUGCUCCUCCUGUGUUUGUUCCAAAGACAGAGACAUCCGGGACCCCAAACCACGCAAAAGGGCUAACUCUUGCUCAAUUUGAACUGACAGCAAAUCUAUGGAAUGGUUCAGAUGUCAGAUGGUUCAGGGAUUUCAGAUGGUUCAGUCCUUGCCUUGCCCAGCUUUGUGAUGGAGUAAAUCCACGUCUGAAUUAAGCAGCUUGCAGGAGAUAAGGGGAAAAUGGACUUCCCGGCCCAUUGGUCACGUUAAGCUUGAGACGGGUGUCUAAUCAAGGAUCUUGUUAGUCUAAGCUUGAAGGAUUGAUGUGGAGAGGUGACCCUGUUUGGCCUGCAGUUGGAAUGUGGUUUUCACGGCACUAGUGAAAGGAGCUUAUUUCUCUUGAAAGUGUCUCGACUGUGCAGGAUAAUGUAAUCAUGUAAAGAUGACCUCCGACCUCCACAGGCUUUCUUGUUAUAGAGCCAUUGGGUCGAUGGGGGACAAUUGAAUUCAGCACAUCUUACUAAACAUCUAGGGUCUCUCUCCUAGUCUGUUCUAUAAAUAACGUACAAUGUCAAUGAUAUCUGAAAUUAAUAAGGCUCUUUUAUCCCCCUCCCCCCAUUGCCUUUGUCAGUAAUAAUUGUGUAGCACUGUCUCUGUAAUGUGUGGAAACAGAAAGAUAGAAGAUAACAGCACAUUUACAAAUAAUUAACCCUUUGUGUAGCUUUCAGCUGUAGGAGGCGUUCCUAAGUAUAAAUUGGCUUGCACAUAUCUUAUUUAAAUUGUAAAGAUUUUACUAUUUUUUAUUAUUAAUAUUAUUAUUAGUAGAUCUUAAUUGUAUCUGUGCCUAAUAUUUUCAGUGCACAUUUAAACGGGUUAUUAGUAUUAAACAAUGUGUGAAGACUUAAAAUAUUUAUUUUUUAAAUGUGUGCUAUUAUAGUGAAAUUCUGAGAUUGUGAGGACAAGCAUUAAUUCAGAUUUUAAAAAACUAAAUUAUAUAAUGGCCAAUAUGUAAUUGCUCAGAAACCUCGUAUGAUUUUCCUUGAGUCUAUUAAAGUUACUCAGUAUGAAUUCUCUUUUAACAUUCUUGUUCCAUGUUAUAGUUUGCCUUUUUUGAGAAAGUAAGGAAGUA